AUGUCUUUUUCAGCCACCACAAGCAGCGCACUUGCAGCACAGGAUGUGUUGUCCUGCCAGCCACACCUCGCAGAUAUUGCAGACUUCUGCAGGGUGCAAUUUGGAUGGGAUGAUGACGCCAUCGUUGAGAGGAUGUAUGGGGGCAUAUGGGAGGGCACCUACCUCCGCACCUUAUGCAAGUUGCCACAACACUCGGACCAAGCACAUGCUCAACCAACAUUCAAAGUCAUUUCUCAGUCCACUAUUAUGGCAUUGUGGUGCGACAUCGAAGGCUAUAACGUUAAAGUCAAUUGUCAGCGCUUGGCACGUAGCACUCUGGGAAACGCCACUCCCAGCCAAUUAUCUGCAAUGUUUGUACACAUUCCGAUGUUAGAGGCCCCUGACAUGCAUGAUCCCCGCUCCGAAAUUGCAAACUAUUUCCUGGAAAUAGCUCCCACAACCACUCGCUCGUUCAUUUUCGAAAAUCAUGGUGCGACUGAGCAAGAGUUCAGCGAAAGCCCCCCAGUCACCGAAUUGUACUCAAAAGAAGGCGGCACGGAAGAAAGGAUCGGCUACCCCAAAGCGGCCUUAGCAGACGUCCAGAAGUGUAAGGACCUUGGGAUAGAAACUCACCUACAGGCAAACAACACCAGGGCCAACUAUGCUGGUCACGUUCGGCGAGGACGACAGUGGCUGGCAAGUUACUUCAAAACACCAGCCGUUAGCGAAUCGGAGAGACGUGACAUUGCAUCAGAUGACUUACUCAUUCCAAUGCCGUCAUCACCUGUGAGUUUUGACAUGCACAGCGACAAUGAUGUGCAUGAUGACCCUGCCUUCAAAGAUGCAUUUGACCGGAUACUGAACAGAUGCUCACACAAAGCACUUGCACUUUUCAUGUCCCUGAAAGGGUUCCAUGAGAAUCUAAGUAAAACUACUGUUGAGAGCAUCCGUUCAGCAUUUAAGAAGAUGUGGGACCUGUCAUGGGUGGAUGGUGACAUGUAUUGCAGCAAAUGGCACUUUGAUGAGGCGAGACAGCAUUGGGAAGGAAACCCUGCUGAUUCUGCAGAUGUUUAUGACGUGCUGUCGUCCAUCAAGCAUAAGGCUAGUGCGGAGGGCGGAGAUCGCACUCACUCAAUGGCAAUGACGAAAGAUUACAUGGAUUGA